CCCCAUCAGCAGGAAAUGGCCGGCCCCACGGAACAGAACGUGCCAUUUGACGAGAGCGAGAGCGAGGAGGAGUCUUGGGACGCGGAGCAGUAUUUGCUGGCUCCUCGCGCUCCCCGCUCUCCCAACGCGCCUUUCGUCGGCCCCGGCGGCGACCGCGGGUGGCGCUCCGCGGGCGAGGGCGAGGACGAGGACGAGGACGAGGAGGAGUGUUGGGUGGCUCCUCGCGCCCCUCCGCGUUCUCCCAACGCGGCCUUCGUCGGCGAGGGCGCGGGGUCGGGUUCUUCCGCGGGCGAGGACGACGAGCGGGGUUCUCUUUCCCCGCGCCGGUGGCGGCCCGGCAUCGCGGGGCGGCGGAACCCGCGCAAGGCCGACCUGUUCCGUGGCCUCGACGCGGGCUGCCAACUCAGGAGGAUUUUCAGCACGCCGUUGCCGCCGCCGCCGCCACCGAAGAAGAAGAAGACUGCGGCGGAGGAGGCGGCGGAGGACUCCGCGCCCAUCUGGCCGCCGCGCAGCUCCUGGUGGAAGAAAUUCUGUGACCUGAGUGCCAUGAAGUACCACCCAACAAAUCCAGCAAUUCCCGCGCUCAAUCCUGAUGAGAAUUCAUCAUCUCAUCCACCACCGGAGAAGAGCCAGGAGCAGGUUGGCCAGGAGAUGAUACCUGAAAGUGCAUCAGAACAGACCGUUGUUUAUGAGAAUGGUCAGGGAGAAAAGGACCUCCCUGUUCAAACCCAAAAAAAGAAAUUAAUCAUUGACACAUAUUGUGUGCAAUGUAAUAAAUGCAAAAAAUGGAGGAUUAUUCCUACCAAACAGAAGUACGAAGAAAUCCGGGAGAAACUUCCUAGUGGUCCAUUUUCUUGCGAACAUGCUAGCGAGUGGAAGCCUGGAGUUACAUGUGAUGAUCCAACAGAUGCAUCUCUGGAUGACGGCAAGUUCUGGGCGAUUGAUAAACAAGGCAUCCCUCAGACUCCUCUUGAGUGGGACAGGACAAUAUCAAUUAGAUCCGAAGGGUGUAUCAGAUUUGCCGACGUGUACUAUUUCACACCUACAGGACUAAUGCUAAGAUCAAAGCUUGAUGUUGGAAGGUAUCUUGAUGAAAACCCGCAGUGUGAUGCUGUCAUAGAACAGUUUUCAUUCGCCACACCUGUACCUCUAAAAGGGGAUUACGUAAGAAAGCGUCCUCGUCAGUCAAAGCCUCUUCAAAUAGAAGAAGUGCCACCGCUAGUCUGCGCUCCUCCAAUUCAUGUUGAUAUCAUGCACAAAAACAUGCUGGUCCCGUACGAAGGAGCUCGGCCCUCAUCUGAUGUGUCCCAGGAUCAACUUUUGGGAUGACGUCCAAGGGUCGUGCUAAAAAUAUAGCUUGCUCUACCGGUGACACCAGAUCCGCGGUCCCUGGCAGCUGAUGUGUUGUAUGUUACCUGUAUGUUGUUAGACCUUAGCUAGCUCGCUCCCCUUAUACCCUAGCUCAGUCCUGCUUAGAUAGACCUGGAAAUGGGGAAAUUUUUGGUACAUUGACAUCAGCACAAUGAUGUCGCUGAAACUUUUUGGAAACUGCCACCUUAGUUAUACUUAUACUGAAUUGUGUUUUCAUGCAUGUGUUGUGUUUUCCUGUAAGUUCAUGGCAUGUUUCUACAGCAUGUAUGUAUUUCUUCCUUCAAGUUACUGUCAUUUCGGUUGAGAUAUCAACAAGUUAAAUGGGCUGGCUUUGGAAACAAAA